UUGAAAGUAAAGUUCUAUAGCCAAGCACGAUGCGAAGAAAGAUGGGGCACGGUGGAUACAUCUGCCUUCUGUUCCUUCAACUUGUGUUCGUGACCCAAGCGAUUGUUAUCAAAGAUCAGGAGAAGAUUUGGCAGACGUGGCAAAUACCUUAUACUGUGCAGGCUGGCAUGUCUAAAUCGUUUCUGAACCAGAUCACUAUCGCCCUCAACCGAAUCUCAAGGAGGACAUGUCUCACCUUCCCAGCCCGCAAGAGCGAGCCAGACUACAUACACUUCCUCAUAUCAUCUGGUUGCAGCAGCGACCUUGGAAGACAAGGGGGCAGGCAGACGAUCACCAUUGGAAACACGUGUUCCUCGCCGACCAACAUCGUGCACGAGGUGCUGCACGCGCUUGGCUUCAUGCACGAGCACCAGAGGCCCGAUAGGGACGAAUUUAUCGAGAUUGUUUUGGGAAAUAUUCAGCCAGGUAUUGUACGACUCAUCCAGAACCUCAUGGUCUUACACUCCCUUUAA